GCGGACGUUCUACGUCAUCAAAAGUAGCCACAUUUUACACAUGUUGCUUGUUUUGGGAAUUAUAUCAUUCCAGUAAAACAUGUCAGCACUGCAUAAUUCGGUGAGCUUGUAAAGAAAUCCGAACACGUAUGAAAAUUCGUAUUAAUUUUGACUAAGAUUAGAGUAGAAGUGAAAUAUUAUCGCUGCCCGACAGCGAGUUUUCGUGCAGUUUUCAGGUGAACUCUGGGGAGCGGACAGGUAGCUCAGGUUGUCUGUCAUCUUCUCAACCAUGUGCCAGGUGGAGGAAGAUUACCAUGAUCAGCUGGAGCGCGCGGACCUGCCCAGUGUUUCCAAGAAAUGCGUCAAAUGCAAAGAGGCGCCUGCAGCUGUGGUCAUCAGGGCAGGAGACGCAUACUGCAGGGGCUGUUUCAAGGAAUAUUUCAUUCACAAGUUCAGAGCCAUGCUGGGCAAAAACAGAAUCAUCUUCCCCGGAGAGAAGGUGCUGCUGGCUGUGUCCGGAGGUCCUUCUUCCUGCUCCAUGCUCAGUCAAGUCCAAGAGGGUUUGAGUCAAAGCGCCCACAAGAAGUUGAGAUUCUUACCUGGAAUCGUCUACAUCGACGAGGGAGGUGCUGUAGGUCAGUCUGUGGAGGAGAGGCGGAGGACGGCGUCCGAGCUGCAGGCGUUGUUCAAAGCGACGGGGUUUCCUUUCCACAUCCUGCCCCUGGAACAGGUGUUGGACCUCCCCAGCUCAGUUGUGGUGACCGCUCCGUCUGUUCCAGAGAAGCCGUCCACCAACUAUAAAUCCGCUGUGGACCACUUCAUUCUCACCAACAUGAGCAACAGUUUGCCACCAGCGCAGCAGGAAGAAGAGACGCCGCUACCUGACGUCCAGGAGCCAAAGACUCGGCUGCUGCAGCAGCUGAUUGAAUCUGCCAAGACGCUGACGGCCAAAGAGGAUCUGCUGAGCACGCUGAGGCAGCAUCUGCUGGUGCACACAGCUCGUACUCAAGGCUACAGCAAACUGAUGCUGGGAGACAGCUGCACCAGGCUGGCUGUCAAACUUCUCAGCAGUAUAUCACUGGGCAGAGGAGCACAGCUGGCCCAGGACACCGGGUUUUCAGACUCCAGAUACGGGGACAUCGUAUCGGUGAGGCCGAUGAGGGACUACUCAGCUAAAGAAAUCGCUUUCUAUAACCGGAUGUUCAGUGUACCCUGUGUGGUCGUACCGAGCCUGGACACCAAGACGUCAGACAAGGCCAGCGUCCAGCGUCUGACUGAGAGCUUUGUCACUAAACUGCAGGCAGACUUCCCCUCCACCGUCAGCACCAUAUACAGGACCAGUGAGAAGCUGCAGUCAGCAGGUCGAAGCUCCUCCACGGCCGACCAGAUGUUUGACAGAUGUUUGCUCUGUAUGUGCACCCUGGACACCGCUGUGGGGGAGGCUUCAGCCUUCCAGUCCACGCUGAUAUCAGAGCAGCUCUCUCAGAUCAAAUCAGGAGGAAGCACCAGCACUGAGACGCCAGGACAAAACCAGAGUUCAGUGAAGUCCGAGUCGACCAGACAGUGCUGCUCCUCUGCAGGAGUAGAGGACUGUGGGUCAACAGCUCGUGGUGGAGGCUGCUGUAAUUCAGCUAAGGCACCAGAGACACCGGAUCUGAAGAGGCUGUUGUGUUACAGCUGCCAGCUGACCGUCAGAGACCUGUCGUCCGUGGACCAUCUGCCUCAGUACAUCCUGUCGGAGGCUCAGAGGAGGCAGAGGAGGUCUCAGAUGAGAGAAGAGAUCAGCGAGUUCCUGUUGGACGACGGUGAAGUUUGAUCAAAACAGAAGCGAAGGGCCCCACAGACGUGUCCCGGAGCCCAAGUUGGGCGCUCAGCCUGAAAACAAACCUAAUGAAACCCAUGAAGAAGAAAUUAGUUUCAUGCAUACGUCCAGAAAUGAAUCCAGGAAGUCCAGACAGACACGACACACGUGCAGCUUUACAGUAUUAUAAUUCUGGGAAGUUGUUUCCAUAGCAACCAUUUCAUCUUUUGCAGCAUCCCAAGAUCCCAAACUCUUUUCUUCGUUUUUUUUUUUUUUUUUCUCUGUUCCACCUCUUGAAAAUCUUAACGAAGAAGUUCAAUGAACCACAUUAACAGACCUGUCUUGUGUUUGUUAUUUCUACUUUCAAUAAAUCUGUUUUUAAAGCUCUGUCCAUUAACCUUCAUACGUGAUUUUAAAAUAGCUACAUUGUUUCCAUUAAGGGAUGAAAGUGUCCUCUUCAGAAACGCUCUAAAAAUAGCAUGUGUCUUUCCUCAGUCCUGAUCAAACCAAAUGUUUGAUUAAUGUCUGACCCUUUAUAUACCAGUGUUUUUGAUGGCAUCAUAAAUUUUCCACAUCUAAAUGCAAAGUGGAUUUUUCAUGCGGGGAUUAUUAGAGCCUUGGACAUGAGUUUUAAUGGGAGUUGUUUUUUUUUGUUUGUUUGUUUUAAAAUCUGACACUACAAAACUAAAAUCCAUCAAAAUCAAUGUUUCUAGUUAUAACUGACAUGACCAAGACCCCGAAGAAAAAUCCACUUUGCAUUUAGAUUAGUUUUAUUUAAAAAAAUUGUGACGCUAUCAGAAACACUGACAUGUGUCAGUAUAUAUGGGUUAAAUUAAUCAAACAUUUGAUAUUGAUAAUUGGGACUAAAGUGGAUAAAAAUAUUUAUGUAAAAAACAAAUAUUAACAUGUGCUAGUAUUGCAGUUUUCUUUUAAGAGGACACUUUUGUCCCUAAAUGGUGACUUUGGUUACACGGUGUAAAAACUGAGUAUUAUGGGAGUUUGAAACAUUAAAAUUUGGUAAAAAU